AUGUCUUGCUGUACUUCGCGUGGUAGCUGUGAGAAGGUGGCCAUGGUAUCCGAAGAACAGCCAUGGGUCGUUGGCAGAGGGAGGAAAAAGAAGCCAGAUCCAUUUUACGAGAGGAAGGAUCAAAAUCCUGCCAGUAUGAGAAGGCGCAGCAGUGCACCGCUCCUUGCCUGGAGGAAGAGUAGAUGUGCUGGAGGAAAUAAGGCGGAGUUUAGGCCAGCCACAGGGUCGGCGCACGGGCAUCGCGGUGCCGACGGGAAUUGUUUGUGUACAAAAGUAAACACUCCAGCGCUUGGUUUAAACCACGCCAUCUCGUCCAUUACUAACACACAGCAUCCCACUCCGACACAAGCGACAGCCAUGGUCGCCACACGAGCUAUGGCUGCCAAAAAGGCGCCGACUUCCACCAACGACAACGACAACGACAAUCAGUUGGCCUUGCGCAAGAAGCCUGUCCGUCGUGCCACUGCGAAGGCCUCCACUACAAAAUCAUCAGCUGCUACCACCACGAAAGAUUCGCCAUCUACCGCACCCGAAAAGCCGUCAGCUUCCGCUGCACCAAAGAAAGCACCAGCAACCCGCCCAAAACGUCAGACACGAGCCGCCGCAGCUCCACCACCAGACCCUGCUCCACAAAGAGUUCCUGCUACCCGGCGAAAACCUGCCCUUCCCGAUGUCGCUAGAGGGAAAGUCUUGAGAUCGAGGAAGGUCGAACCUGAGCCGGAUCAGAACCCCGAACCAGAAGCGGAAGCAGAAGUAGAAGAAGAUCAACCAGCAGAGGAACAACAAGUUGUUUCACCUCCACCUACCAAAUCAAAGUCUACGAGAUCCAACAAGUCCAAAAGCGUUCCUGAGCCUGAGUCAGAACACGAGCCCGAGUCUGAAUCUGCGACAGAGCCAAGCUUGGCUUCAACAGCGCACAAAGAAGAAGGCGUCGAGAAGGAGUCGGAGGAAUCCGAGCAAGAUGCUAAAGAGGAAGCAGAAGUAGAAGAUGACGACGACGACUCUUCCGAGGAUGAGAUCUGUGGGCCCAAGACACCAAUGCGACGCACUACCAGAAGUCAAGCUGCACCACGAACAGCCACCGUCUCAACGACUGCUCGCAAACUACAGACCCCUGCUCGCCGGUUCCUCAGCCACAGGACGAAUCAGGGCACUCCUCAGACACAACGCUUGCCACACAAUGCCACACGCAUCUCGUCUCCUCCUCGCCCCAUGACUGUCGCAAGAGGCACAGAGAAGUCAAUGGUUUUCCGUCCUCUGAAGCAACAAGAUACGCCAAAGCCAGAGACCACUGAUCGUGACUCUGAUGUCGAUAUGACUGAAGAAGAUGUCCACGAUGAAUCAGAAACAGAAUUGGAAGAAUCCAGCGCCGACGAGCUCGACGAUCAACUCAGUCGCCUCCAAGAACAAGACAUUACCAUCAUGCCCACACCUGCCCACACCAUCCAUCUCGAGAAUGUUUCAUGCGACUCAGAGGAUGAACUUGCUGGUGCUGGAUGUUCCCUCGAUGACGAAAACGAUGACGAUGACCUUGAUGAGGAUACAGUGGUCGACUUUGAUGACAAGAAAGAACCAGAAUAUGUUCCUACUGAAGCACACGCAGAAGACGAUGGCUCGGACGACUCAGAAAGCACCGUCGAGGACAGUCAGCUAGACGAUAGUAUCCUGCCCGAACCACUGUUUUCGGCCGACUUUACUACUUCUGUACCCUCAUCACCAGCCUCCAUCGCUGCAGACCCUCCUCAGACCGAGUUGGAAGACUCUGAGCUUCUUUCUUCGCCUACACCUUCGACCCCUUCCUCUGUCAUACAGCGGGAUCUCGAGUCACCCACCCAAGAGAUUGCUCCAGCACCGAGACUGUCACUGAAUGACAAUGACCUGCUUUCGAUAAUCGACGAGCAAGAAGCAACCACUCCCAAUGUCAAAUCGCGAGUAUCCUUCUCCACCACCACAGCAAAAAUGCUUCAAACUCCUCGCAUGCAGUUUGCACUUGGUGGUAUCGACUCCACUGGAGCUGAUGACAGUCCUUCUGUGGCAGCAAACGAUUUCGCAGAGACCGAGAUUGAUCAAACCGUGACCAUCAAUCCUUCACUCCUGGAAGAGGACGAUUAUGGCGUCAAGUUAGCUUCCAAUCUCGAGAAUGCUGCUUCCAUUCCCACUCCAUACUUUGCAACACCUGUUGCUCGUGAACGAUUGAGUAUGGGACUUCCAAAAGAGCGUAUGAGUCUCCUUCAGGAUGACAUCUUCAAUCUCGUCGACUUCGACCAUGUUUCUCCGGCCAAGGUAGAUGUUAAGACACCCGCUGCUGAAUCUACGCCAAUCGACGUUGAGCCAAUGGAGCUAUCAACUCCAGGAUACAACGCUCGUCGUCAAUCUUACCAGCCGAAGAGCGCUUUGACACGAAGUGAACAGGUGCGCGGUGAGCGAAGAUCUAGCAUACCUUCGCAAACUUCUCCAAGCUACGCAAAAUCAACUUUUGCUUUUGAUUCACGUCGCAAAUCUCUCCCUGUCGCUACUUUUCACACCCCAGUAAGCAGCGAUGUCCGACCACGUACUGCCGGAACUUCCAUCAAGCCGACAACCAGCGAUUCGUUCGCAAAGCUGUGGGCUAGCAAGCAGCGACAAUCGUCAGUCAGAAAAUCUCUUUUGGAACACACGAUUCCAGACUUGGCCGAAUUGCAUUCGUUCGUCCCUGCAGAAAGAUCGAGCACACGCAAGCGUGACUCUACACCAGCUCAGCGUCGUACCAGUGCCGUCCAGUUCCAAAUCGACCAGGGAUCUCCUUACGUGCCCUUUUCCGGUGCAAAGCCCAGAAGGCAUACGCCAAGCUCUUCUUUUAAAGUGCGAAAUGCCGGCCGUAGCCCUUUGAAGACUCGUAGCAGCAGUCGUAGCCCAAUGAAGAUGCGAAGUCCCAUGAAGCUCCGCGACGCCAGCCGUAGUCCGGUGAAGCGUCUUCGUGAAGCGCCACGGACUCCAAUGAAGACACCGCUCAAAGCCGCUGGACUUGCAACACCAGCCGUUUACCCUAUGACGCCGCAUCCCAUGCAGCCACUGAAAUCCGUCACAGCAUUGGUUGAAGUCUUUACGUUAGACGGCUCCUCUGCCUCGGGUCCUUUCAUAGCCCUUCUCCAGGGUUUAGGUGCACGUACGACAAAGUCCUGGUCCGAUCGCGUUACCCAUGUCAUCUUCAAAGAUGGCUCUCCCACUACACUUCAAAGAGUACGCCUGAACAACAAAGAUCCAAAUGGCAAAAAGAUCUUCUGCGUCAACUCUCGCUGGGUAACCGAUUGUGAGCGCAGUGGCACUCGCGUUGAUGAACAAGCAGACAUCUACACUGUCGAUCUCGAUGAGGUACCUCGUGGCGGCCGCAGGAGAAGAAAGUCUAUGGAGCCUGCUGCCUUGAGGAAUGUGGACGGUAACAUCGUCAACAGCAACACGAGUAGUGCGAAUAGCAGCGCCAACAGGAAGAGUCUUGGUUCGAGACAAAGUAUCAACCUUGCUCUUGCCAACAAGAGCCUUGCAAGAGUGUCUCUCGCAUCGAGCUUCUGGGGCGACGACUCACCAGUCAAGAAGACUCCCGGACGCAAACAAGCUAGAGAUUCCUGGGACGAUGAUGAGGAAAUGGCGGAUGCAUUCUUCGAUGAGCCAACGGCAAAGUUCGAAGUUUCAACUUUGGGAUCAAAAGGGGCUGGUCUGGAGGCUGGUCAGAUGACUGCACCUGUGGAUAGGGUAAAGAAGUUGAGGAUCAGAGAUGAGGACAACAGGCGCCUUACCUUCAUGGGUGGAAGAGACUGA